AUGUCUUGGGAGCCGAGGCAGUCGCUGACGUCGAGUGAGUUCCGCAAGCAGGCCAACAGGAGGGCCCUCGAACGAAUUCCCAAGGACCUGUACUGGAAGGUGGCGGGAUUCAGCUUCGUCGUGGGCGCUUGCAUGGAACUGUUCAUGAUAAAGACUGGCUUCUACGAGAAGGUGACCGCGAUCGAAGCCGAACGAAGGGAGGCGCUGUCCGAGCCCCCGGCCUGGGUCCAGGAGCUGCAGAAGCAACACAAGGCCGCGACGGAGAAGAAGAAAUAA